AGUGGAUAUAUAGGCUUGUGCAUUGGUACUGCGUGCUACAGUUCCAAGAGUUGGUCUUCAAAGUGAGAGAAGUCAACUUAGGCGUUUCCUACAAAGCUAUAUAUUUUUUGGGGCCCGGUUAUUAACACAAAAGGGGACCAUGGUUAUGUUGAAGAUCUCUGCUUUCCUUGUUACCUAUGCCUUGGUCAUUUGCCAGAUGUACAGCUCACAAGCAGCCCCCACCAGAACAGGCAUAGAGUCCAUGACAGACCAAGUCACGCUCACGGACUACGAGGCACGGAGGUUACUCAACGCCAUAGUCAAGGAGUUUGUGCAGAUGACAACUGAAGAGCUGGAGCAGCAAGUGACUGAAGGCAAUAGCAUUACAACACAGAAGCGCGCCUGUAACACAGCCACCUGCGUGACUCACCGCCUAGCAGAUUUUCUGAGCCGGUCGGGGGGCAUGGGCAACAGUAACUUUGUCCCCACUAACGUAGGAGCUAAGGCUUUUGGCCGGCGGAGGAGAAACACACAGAUGUGAACAUUCCAACAACCUUCAGGAUGUUGACCCUCCUUAACGCGAUGACAUCAGAACAUAUCUGGGAGAAAACAACUAAACAAACAGAAAAAAACACUGGCUUUAUUAUCCACUCUCCCCACAGUCUACACAAAGAAACCCCUUCAGAUUGUAGGACUCCUCUCAUUCCCAUAAUGUUAUGAACCUUUCAUUUUGCUUUUUGAAAACCAGAGGAGGGAAAAAUGAAAAAAUGACAGCAACCUAUGUUAUGUAUAUUGACAGCUGAAUCCGAUUCCUUUUUUUAUACAUUAAAUUAAUUUGAAAUGAAUGGAGAAAGCAUCAGUGCUUAUUUAUGAUUUAUUAUCUAUUGUCUUAGAGCACAUUUGUACCAUGUGACCCAUUUGCCCUGUCACUCAUAUACCCCCUGUCCCCAUGGCAACUGUGACCCGCAGGGAUAGACAUUAAAGAUCAGCUUUCCCUUGGCUCCCUCACAACUGCUGUCUUGUGCCUUGAUGUAAAAACACUUUACAUGACAUGAUUGUCCAGUAUGUUUCAAGAUUAUAAGAAGAUUACGAAGAAGAGAAUGGAAGAUGAAAAAUAUUCAAGAGAUGAAUAUUGUAACAAUUGUGAAUUUCAGCAAGAUUAAAAUGUAUUUUAGAUACAUUUGGGUUUGGGGUACUUGUGUUGUUCUUCAAAAGUUUCAUGAAAUGUUUAGGUGAAGAGAGAACUGUUGUGUUGAUAUUAUAUGACCUUUACAUGGGAUGAGUGACUUCAGUUCCAGACCAUGCAGAUUUCUCUAACUCUGAAACCCUUUGGUCUAACACUGAAACCUGGUGGGAAUUCUGCAGCAAAGAAAUCUGUUCUAACUUCACUGUAAACCCCAAUGUGCUGUCAUUACUCAAAACUUUUGAAGAAAUCCGGGUACUGUUACUAAAAGUGAUUUUGUAGUCAAUACUCAAACCAGUGGAGUCACUGUGACCCUGUAGGGGUCCAGAUUUGAAUUGCAUGAGCUUGCCUUUUUUUAAUAAUGCCCUCACUAAGCCACGCGUCCAAUAUAAUUUCCCAGUAUACCUUGCUUGCCUUUGAGUGACUUGUAGAGUUUACCAUCCAUGACCGUAUUUGUUAGUGACUGAG